UGUCGGUUUAUUGAUGAAGUUGCCACGACUAUAUAAAUUGUGUAUUUACCAUUCUGCCACGCUUUGCGUUCUCUUCUUCUCCACCUUUUCGUUAGUUGGCACCAAACGCAAACGCAGGUCUCCAUCAUAUUGCCCUAAAACUCCUUCCCAAAAGAGACUAUGGAGGGCAAAAUGGGGUUUUUGUUUCUGAUUGUGUUGGGUGCUGCUUGGGUUUGUGAUGCAAGAGAAUUAGUAAACCUUGAAUUACACAGAAAACCAGACUUGUGUUCAGCUUGUGAAGAAUAUUCAACUCAGGUACUUGAUUAUCUAAAGGAUAACAACACUCAGGUAGAAAUCAUUGAUUCACUUCGCAAUACAUGCCUUCAACUCCGGUCUUUAAACCAGCAGUGCGGUAAAUUGGUGGAUUAUUACGCUCCACUUUUCUUCUCAGAAAUAGCUCAAAUAAAGCCUGGUGAACUCUGCGAGAAGUUCAACCUUUGUGAGUCUGCGAAGGUUUUUUGGAAAGUUCAAAGAAAUAGCUGUGGCCUUUGCAAAGAAGCUAUUGAAGCCUUAUUGGUUGAGUUGAAUGAUCCUGACACUAAGCUCGAGAUACUAGAGAAACUACUGAAGGCAUGCGAUUCUGUGGAGAAGUACAAGAAGGAGUGCAAGAGGGCGGUUUUCGAGUAUGGACCUUUGAUUCUGGCGAAUGCAGAGAAGUUCCUGAAGACAACAGAUAUAUGCACUGCAUUACAUGCCUGCCCUGCUUCCACUAUUGUUAGUCAGGAAGCUACAACCAUGGAAGAAACACCAUUGCUUUCUGACUCUUGAUCAUCUGAAACUACAUUAUAAAAGAAAUUAUAUAUUUACAUUGAAGAUCAAUGUGCUUGUACCUAAAUGUGUUCUUUUGCUGAAAAGGAAUAACUGAUUAUUUGUUAAAGGUUGUAAUUAUGGGAUGCAAACUUUAUGUUAUAUGAAUUUCUUCCAUUGUGUAAGUAGUGAGAGUGUUUCUGUAUGAAAUUAUGAAUUUAUAGAAACUGUUGAUCUUCUUUUUA